AUGAACUUUACUUGUGAUAUUGACUAUGACGAAUUAUUAGAAUUAAAAUAUAAAACACAAGGUGGCUUUGGUAGGAUUUACACGGUACAAUGGAGAAAACAACUUGUAGUAGCAAAAUUUAUUGUUAGAGAAAACUCAAGAGAUUUUACCCGCGAGUUGAGAGCCUUGAGGAAAUCUAAAGAAUGUGAAGGAUUAUCUAAAG